AUGGAAGAACCAACUCCAAUAUUAGAAGCCCGACUUCCUGAGACCUUCACUCCAAUCGAAGAAGACUUUCUAUCACCGGGCACAUUCUCCAGCGCCGAUGAAUACGCCGCCAACCCCAGAUUUCUAGAACUACAAGAAGAACUUCGCGGCGUCCUCUUCUCAGCAGUAGCAAGUCUCGAACCAUCAAACUACACCCCAAUCCCUCAACCAAGUGAACCACGCACACGACAGAGCCUAGAUUUCACCCGAGUGAUCUCAAUCCCCAAAAUUCGCCUAAUCUUCUACCUCAAAAACUGGAUCACAGAAUGCGCCCCGUACCUCGACAAAUUCGACGAAGCCCGUCACUUCGGCGUGCACAUCCCAAUUCUAGCACAAGGCUCACCAGCCCUCUUUUACGCCAUUCUCGCCUUCUCAGCCCGCCAAACGGAGCGCAAAGCAUGUCUCGACAAAGCAUACGACAGCCUCGAACUCUACCAAGAAUCAAUCCGCCUCCUAGCUCCAUGUCUCCAAGCGAAAGAUCCAAACGUCCUCGUGACAGUAUGCAUCCUAGCAGUCAUGGAACUAAUGUCCGUCAGUCCCCGCGACUGGCGACGCCACGUAGAAGGUUGCGCAGCCCUCUUCGAAUCAUUCAACGUAACCGGCCUCUCAGGCGGCCACCUCCAAGCCGUAUUCUGGUGCUACGCCCGCAUGGAAUUAUGCGGAGCAAUUAUUUCCAACGGCGCAGAAAGCACAGUCCUCCCACUGGACAAAUGGGUCCCAGCAAUCCCCGCCAAAAGCGCCGAAGAAAAAGAAUCCCGCAUCCGCGAUCUGUUCCGUGAACAGGGCCACGUCUCACCUGAUAUGCACGCCAACUGGGCCGUCUACCUCUGCGCCAAAACAUGCGACCUCUCGAGUCGGCGCACGCGUUUCCUUGAAUUAGGCGAGAUAUCUUCUGACCCGCGUCCGUUCCCGGAACAAUGGACCCGCCUCUGGGAUGAAUUACAUUACUGGCUCGACCAACGGCCACCAGCUAUGCUCCCCAUAAAAACAACAGGUAUGGGCUCUGGCCAGAUAUUCCCGGAAAUCCUAUUCGCGCACUGGGCCGCGAUAUCUGGGAACCAGUUAUACCACGCAGCUUGUAUAAUGAUGCUUGAUAUGAGGCCUGUAGAGCGGGGUCCGGCGGCAGCGUCUAAGCCGUAUUACUCGGCGAUUUGGCAUGCGCGUCGUGUGUGUGGGAUUUCAUUGACAAAUCCCCACAGUGGGAAUUUGAUUAAUGCUAUUCAGCCGCUUUAUAUUGCGGGCAAGUUGCUCAGUCAUCGCAGCGAGCACGUUGAGGUUGCGAAGCUUUUCAAGAUUAUUGAGAGGACGACUGGGUGGGGGGCUUUGUGGAGACUUAGGGACCUCGAGAGGGCUUGGGGGUAUGAGACUGGGGAGAUUUUGGGCGUUAUUUAG